AUGGCCAUGGAGCAGGGAAGAGUGACGGAAUUCGAAGGAAAGAGCCUCGACCAGAUACAAAUUGAGCCUGAAGGGAGAGCAGUAGAGAUCCUCUCACAAACGGACGGGCUAAAAGAAACUUCAAGCGGAGAACCUUCAACCAUUCAUCCAGAUGCACCCCAUGGGGAGUCCCUCCUCCUCCUCAUCACCUCUCCAUCACUCUGCAUCACUCUCCAUCACCACUCCAUCACCUUCUCCAUCACUCCUCCAUCACCUCCUCCAUUCACCUCCUCCAAUCACCACCUCCAUCACUCCUCCAUCACCUCCUCAAUCACCUCCUCCAUCACCUCCUCCAUCAUCCUCCUCCAUCCCCUCCUCAUCACCUCCUCCAUCACUCACUCAUCACAACAAACUGAGGACUUACAACGACGUCGGGUGAACGGUGCAUGUACUCGGUUCCAGGACAUUCGCCCUGUACCACCGUCGGCCUCGCCGCUGGAGUCGCCAUCGCCACACGUGGGGCUGUCGGCGCUCGAACCAACGGAGGCUGAAAAUUGCAUCACCUACGCCAGCGUCUACUUCACGCCGCGGGGAUGGCAUCGGGAGGAGCUGCGCACGCCUGCCAUGGUCGGCCGAGGGCGCGGGGGUGUUGGUGUCCCCUCUCCCGUUUCCUUUGAGUGGUUGGGUUAG